GAAUCAGCUGUUCUAGAGGACAUGCUCAUCUAUAUACUUUAGGGAGGUCUCCGUGUGAGACAGAAGCUCCAGGUGUUAUUUCAGCACCUUGGAGAGCGACACAGUCUCACCUAUGUCACACGUUGAUCAGGUGAGUGCAGUUCCCUCUAAAGAAUGAGAACAAAUCCGAAAUAGUCUUUUUUUUAAAGCCUUAUCUACCGUGUCAAGUGCAAAUGGCUAAAGACUCAUCGGAUUUGAAGGUCAUAAUCAAAGUUCACUGCGUGACGCUGGAUGUUAUCUUUAGCACGGAGGUGUUAAUUGAGUCUUUUCAGGGAGAUCCAGGCCCGAAAGGCUCUUGUGGAUGUUACGGGACUAUAAACGGGACUGCCGUCGACCUCCUCAAAAGAGGCGAGGCCUCCCUUUGGAUAAUUCACACCACAGACCACCUCCAGAAGUUGCCAGAUCCAGUUUCAACCACAUGUAGAGGGACCCCUGCUGGAUUUCUGAUAUUGUAUCGUGGUAAGCUGUAGCUGGGUGGUCAUGUGGUCGCCCUCUCUCUCCCCCUCUCUCUCUCUCUCUCUCUCACUCACCCCCUCUCUCUCUCCCCCCACUUACCUAGUCCAACUUCAUCACCUCCAGUGUUUGCUUUGCGCUCCAGCAGUGCACCGCCUUUAGCGACCCCGCUGUGAGCACGGAUCCGCCCUCAGAGCUCCCUGGGACGGCCCGUCUUUUAAACCUGAGCCGCGGUGUCCAGAUCCCUGCGGGAGUCCGACCCGUUUAAGCGCAUACCUCAACGUGGGGCCACUGACGGGAAAAUAAACACCUCGGUCUGCUUAUACGAGCAGAGACCUCCUGCUGGGUCAACCUCCUGUGUUCCAGUAGGUCUGAUAUCUUUCACUGCCACCGCUGCUGCAUCUCAGGCAGAGUCUAGACCUGAGCAGGGAGACUUGGGGCCUACAUGUGGGGGGAUUUAUGUUAUGUUCUCUGUUACACUUUUGUUUAUUACCAAAAGGAAAAGGUAAGAAAGGGAAUUCUACGCAAAAAUGACAAAUCAUCCCUGACGGUUAUCAACAUUUAAAAUAAAUCAAAGAUUGAGAGAGUAUUAUGCAUUUGGGGCAGAAAACCAGUUUAUUUUUCUUGCAAAAAUAUACACCCGUGAUUCAAUUACACCACUAUUCACUCCCAUGCGCAACCUUGCAGCAUCCUUAAGGAGUCUUAAACACAAUUCAGAUAUUAUAGCUCGAACUUUCCUUCCUCUGCAGUGUUGUGUUACACCCCUCCUCGCCCAAUCACAGCACUCCCCCAAAUCCUCCUGCCCGCUAUCCCCGCUAUAAGAGCCCCGGUCCUUCCAGUCUAGCAGAAACCUCUCCGUAGUGUCCACUCUCCUUCGCAGGCCGCCAUUCGUAUUACCUGUCGAGUCUGUUGAUGUUGUGACCAGUUCUUUGAAUCUGGCUCAGGGGUUAUUGCGCUCCCACAUACGAUAGAAACUUGUUUGGAAGAGACUAUGCGGGAAGAGGACUCCUCCCCAAUGGACAGUGCAGGGAACAGCGAGGAGGAGAACGACCGUCAGCGGCCGCGCAGGGGUGCCAGGAAGCGGCGGGCGACUCGGAGGCGCGCGGGCGACGACGAGGAGGAGGAGGAGGAGGACAUUGAGAUCCCGAGCCCCGAGAAGAAGCAGUGCAGGAAGAGCUGUGACGCCGGAGGUGGAAGCGCAGGCAGCGGCGACAGCGAAACCAGCAGCAGCCCCGCGCCCUCCUUCGACGACCUACAGACGCAGCGCGUCAUGGCCAACGUCCGCGAGCGGCAACGGACGCAGUCCCUCAACGAGGCGUUCACGUCGUUACGCAAGAUCAUUCCCACCCUCCCGUCGGACAAACUCAGCAAGAUCCAGACGCUGAAGCUGGCGGCUCGGUACAUCGACUUCCUGUGCCAAGUGCUGGAGAGCGAUGAGCUGGAUGCGCGGGGGACCAGCUGCAGCUACGUGGCGCACGAGCGCUUGAGCUACGCGUUCUCGGUCUGGAGAAUGGGGGGGUCGUGGUCCUUGUCGACCACGACCCACUAACGGGGCUGCUGUGGAUGGUGCAUGAAGAUUAUCCAGAGUGAAGAACUAGUGGAUGAGACUGAAACAAUCUUAUAACAGCCGAGGGACCAAGCUGUGCUUCAGGCCUCAGAGGAGAGCGGCCUUUUCAUAUUUCCCAUUGCAAGGACUUUAAUGUUUGCAAGGGAGCACUUAGAACAGACAGGACGGAUAUGAAGAAAGACCACUGCGACAAUGAAUGUAGUAAAAACAAAACGAUGUCGGAUCAACUGCUCUGUUUGGAAACAUGAGGGAAAAAUAUGAGAAUUCAUUCCAAAUUAUUGGUGACAACGUUUCACAGUAAAUGAAGUAUUUUGUAUUUAUUUUUCUACACAAACUUGCAUUUCCUUUUCCCCACUCAAAUGAAAGUUAUUUAUUUUUGGGAUAUCACAUAAUUCUGAAUGGAUCAGGAGUCUGCACAUUUUGAGUGUUGUAAAUAUUUGGUAAUAUCUUGAAUAAAGGAAAUAAAAGUUCUUACUUCUC